AAGGGAGAAGUGGUGAUGGGUCCCUUCCACUCGUUCAUGACGAUCGUCGGACCUAAUGGAUCUGGAAAAUCGAAUAUUGUUGACGCCAUACGUUUUGUAUUGGGAGAUGUAUUAAGUAAUUUGCGCGUUAAAUGCUUCAGCGAACUCAUUUAUGGAGCUUCCAUUGGAAAACCAAUGAGCGAAAGCACCUAUGUAACAGCAACCUUUCUGAUAGACGACAAUGAAGAGAAGAGCUUCAGAAGGCUGAUACAAGAAGGAGGCAGUCAGUAUAAGAUAGACAACAAGAUUGUCAAGAGUGAUAUUUAUAUGACUGCGCUGCGAGAAUAUGGUUUAGAUAUAAAAGUAGAGAACUUUCUGGUGACACAAGGCUACAUCGAGUGUGUUGCACUGAAAACGCCAAAAGAACUCAAUGCAAUGUUCGAACAAAUUAGCGGUUCAUAUGUGUACAAGGCAAAUUACAGGCGAUUAAAGAUGGAAUUUGCACAAGUAGAAGAUGAAAUUCAGUUUAUGCGACACAUGAAAAGACAGUUAAUAACAAAUAAAAAAUGCACUAUAAUGGAGAAAGAAAAAGCAGAAAAGUACUUAAAGCUGCAAGAACAAUAUAAGGAGGAGAAAUUGAAAUAUCAAUUAAUUUGUCUGUUUCUCAUUAAGAGAACAGUUGAAUCCUUGCAGAAUGAAGAUAGAAAUAUCAAGUCCCGCAAAGAAGCGUAUUUAUGCGAUAAGAAAAAUACAAUGCUUGUAUUGGAACGUAAAAGGCAGCAACUUAAGCCGCUAAUCAAUUCUCUGGAAAACAUUGAACGAAGCGUCCUGAAAUUGGAGGAUGUUGUUCGAGAAAAGAAGGCGGAACAUGCUGUUUUCAGAGAAAGCAUCUCAUAUUGGCAGAAGAAACGUGAUAACGCUCGCGUAUCUCUGGAAAACGCGGAUUCGGCUCGCGACGUACACAAUAAAAUCGUUCAAGAAUUACAGGAAGAACUAAAGCAGGUAGCCGACAAGUUAGCGGAGUUCAAUAAAGUUUCGGAGCAGAGCGCCAUAGAGCUCAGUGAUUCCCAGGUUAAACGGUAUUACGAACUGAAGAACACAGUUGAAUACCAAGCGAAGGACUUAGUGAAGCAGAUAAAUGAUAUGAACCACGAUCAGCAAGUAGAUCGCGAUCGUCUCGAUAACGAGAACAGGCGGAAACAAGAAUUGGAAGACAAGAUGAAGCAGCUAGCGCUGAGGAAGGAGGACUUGAAUAUUCGUCUUAGGAAACUACAGAGUUCAGUAGCCGAAUCCAGAGCGGUGUUAACGGAAAGCACAGCGCAGAAACAGCAGCUUAUUGACAAGAUUACCGAGACGAACGAGAAAUCGUUGUCUUUAAAGGUCAACAUCAAGAAAAUCUUGGAGGAGCUUCAAGAUGCCGAUAUCGACAAUUACAUGAUCUCGCGGCAGAAGGAGAAAGCUGAAACGGUCAACGCGUUAAAGCAAUUCUUUCCUGACGUGCACGACCGUUUAUCUAAUCUGUGCCGGCCUGUCCACUCGCGUUACAAAAUCGCGAUAAUCAAAGUCUUCGGCAAGAAUAUGGACGCCAUCGUCGUUGACACCAUGAACACUGCAGUGAAGUGUAUAAAUUUUUUGAAACUGCAUCGAAUAGGGAUCGAAAGAUUUUUACCCCUUGACUCGUUGAAGCCGGAAGCUUUAAAAGAGAAAUUACGUGAUAUAGAAGCAAACGUCAAAUUGUUGUACGAUGUUCUACAUAUUUCAUCCCCGCAAAUACACAAGGCCGUUCUGUUUGCCACUAAAAACACUCUGGUAUGUGAGACUCCCGAAGAGGCAAGAAGAGUGGCGUACGAAAUUGAUAGACGCGGUUACGAUUGCAUUUCAGUCGACGGAUGUCUUUAUCGUAGAGACGGUACGAUAUCCGGGGGAAAGACUGAUCUGGUGAAAAAAGCCAAACAGUGGGAAGAACGGGACAUAAUUGCAUUAAACGAGCACAAGGAUCAAUUGAAGAAAGAGCUCUAUUAUUUACCCAGUGUCUCUUUGCUACAGUCUGAACUUGAUGUAGUCGAUGUGCAAUUCAAAGCACUCGGUUUGAGAAAUAAAUUUAUUGAAAAAGAUCUAGAGGACACUGAGACAAUAUCAAAGAUUCAAAGCGACAUGCGAACAAGAGAUGAAGAACUCCAUGACGUGAAGAGACACAUCUCUACGAUCGAAGAUUCAGUCUUCGCUAAUUUUUGCAAAGACAUCAACGUGCCGGAUAUCGACUAUUACGAGAAGAAUCAUCUGUGGACGUGUCAAGAGCGGAAGAGGAAGCAAGUUGAACUUGAGAAACAUCACGAUCUUAUUCGAAGUCAACUGCAUUUCGAAAAAAACCGCGACAUGGAAGGUAAAAUUUCGAAAUGGACGCUUAUUAUGGAGCAAGCCGAUGCGAUGUUGAGCAAAAUGCAUAAGCGGGAGCAUUCUGCGAAGAACGCCAUCGAACGGGAGGAGCAGAAGUUGUCGAAACUGCGGGAGGAAUGCGCGAUCGUAAAGGAGAAUUUAACGAACGUGAAAGAUAAUAUAACUCAAUGCAGGUCGCAAAUCGAUGUCAUCUCCGAGUCGUACCUGCAAGCUCAGAAAGCGCACAUCGUUUUGCAAAAUAAUAUAGAGCGGCAAAAAGCGAAGUGCGAUAAUAUACUCAAAGAAUGCAAGAUGGAAGACAUCACUAUUCCGAUAAUACCGGAAAGAUCGCGUCAAUCAUCGGAUCCAAGCAGUUCGAGUUCGAUAACGGACUCGUCGAUUGAUUGGGAUUUGUCUUCGAAGAUCGAUUUCUCACAAUUUCCCAGAGACAUCCGCGACAGCACAGAAGAGAAUCUGCAGGACAUCGUUGAACAGCGGAACGAAAAGCUCACGGAGAUACAAAAUGAAAUUGAAGCUAUAGUGGAUCCUAAUCUUAAGGCUCAGGAAAACAUGGACGCCGUGGUGCAGCAGAUACAGGAGACAAAUCAGAAACUUAAGAAGUUGCGCAAGAGAUUUAACAGCAUAAAGAAACAGUUCGACUCGAGUUUGGUCAAUAACCACACAUCGGCUUGUGCCUUCAUCUUGAUGGAGAAUCCCGAGGAGCCGUAUGAAGGCGGUAUAAAUUACAGUUGCAUAGCGCCGUCCAAGCGCUUCCAGCCGUUGCAGAAUCUGUCCGGCGGCGAGAAGACGCUCGCCAGUCUGGCUUUGUUAUUUGCAUUUCAGCGUUACAAACCGGCCCCGUUCUUCGUCAUGGACGAGAGCGAUGCAGCGUUGGAUAAUGUGAAUAUCAAGAAUCUCGUGCGCGUCGUACAAUCUCAAGUGGACACUACUCAAUUUAUAAUAGUAAGCCUGCAGAAAUCGUUGUACUUUUGCUCCGACGCUCUCCUAGGGGUUACCAUCGAAAGAGGAUCGCCGAUGAGGCGCCGGGCCGUAGAGCUGGCCGCGGGGCUCUUCGUGGUCCAGCUGCUGCUGCUGGGCCAGGUCGAUGCUGCAAGGAACCGGCCGAGGAAACAACGCUCCAAGCCCGCGGCUCUGCAGGCGCAGCAGCCCGAUAACGAUUACGAUUACGAUUACUAUGGGAGCUACGAUGAGUACGAGGAGAAGAACGAUUCGGAAGAAACUAGUUCGACAUCCGAACGGGAUCGACCGACUCCUACGGAAAUCUUACCGGGUGAAAGUAAUGUGUUCAAUUCUGUUGCUGUACCUGGGCCACGGGGCGAACCUGGUCGACCCGGAGACAUCGGUCGUCCAGGCGAUGUGGGAUUUCCUGGACAUCCCGGCACCCCUGGAAUUCCUGGACCACCUGGACCUCCAGGACCUAUACCUGAUGUAUCUCUAUAUUAUCAACAAUUGGCUUUAUCUCAAGCGAAUCAGGAUAAAGGCCCGACCGGUGCAGCGGCAUCAUUAUAUGGUCCGGACGCGUUUUCUUACAUGCAGGCGCAAACAGGACCAAUGGGUCCGCGAGGUCCUCCAGGUCCUCCCGGAGCUCCUGGUCCUCAGGGUUUUCAAGGUACACGCGGCGAACCCGGUGAGCCAGGGGCUUCAGGCCCUCCUGGCGCGCCAGGUCCGCGAGGUCUUCCAGGAUUGCCUGGGAAAGAUGGCGUUAGUGGAGAAGAUGGCGAGACCGGUCCCCAAGGAUCGCCUGGUCCUGUGGGUCCACGUGGUCUCCCAGGAAUGCCUGGACUCACGGGAAUAAAAGGCCAUCGUGGUUUCCCUGGUCUGGACGGAGCCAAAGGAGAACAAGGAGCUCCUGGCGAGAAAGGAUCUAUGGGUGCACCUGGACCCAUGGGGUCGAUAGGGCAAAUGGGACCAGCAGGACCACGCGGUGAAAGAGGUAGAGAAGGCCCAUCGGGCCCUCCUGGAAUGAAAGGCGUUGACGGAAUUUAUGGGCCGCCCGGACAACCUGGUGCCGUGGGUAAACCUGGCUCACCAGGAUUCCCAGGCAAUCCUGGGGCUAAGGGAGAUCAAGGAGCGCAAGGACCGAAAGGAAGCCAGGGUUUGCAAGGUCCGCGAGGCGAAAGUGGUCGUCCAGGGCAGCCUGGUGAAACGGGCCCGCAAGGUCCGCAAGGCAAAGACGGAAUUCCCGGCGAAAAAGGAACUACUGGAGCAUUAGGACCCGCUGGUGUGCCCGGAUUUCCAGGUGCACGAGGUCAGCCCGGGAUAGCAGGCAAUCCUGGCGUUCCUGGAGCCAAAGGAGCACCCGGUCUUUCUGGCGAAAGGGGUUUUAAAGGCGAUGCCGGUGUAAAAGGAGACGCGGGAGUACCCGGUCCACGUGGGCUUCCAGGACCGCCAGGGAAUGAAGGGAAAAGGGGAAAAAGAGGAAUGCGUGGACCAGUCGGUGCUGCGGGCCCUUCCGGAGAACGUGGUGUAUCUGGAGCGCGAGGUCUUCCUGGGCCGGACGGUCCUGUCGGGCCUCAAGGACAGCCCGGUGAUCGUGGUCCCGCUGGAGCGGUUGGGCCGAAAGGAUCUACCGGAGACCCUGGACGGCCUGGAUCGCCGGGACUACAGGGUGCGCGUGGUUUAAUGGGUAGACCCGGCGCCCCCGGCAAACCAGGUAAUCCUGGCGAGCGUGGGAUUCAAGGUGCGGAUGGUAAGCCCGGGGAGCAAGGUCCGUCUGGAUUGCAAGGUCUACCGGGACCAUUAGGAACGCCUGGAGAGAGAGGAUAUCCCGGAGAACCAGGGAAGGACGGUGAGGCUGGUAACCCGGGUCCGCCUGGUCCAAGAGGUGACAUGGGCAAGGAAGGACCUCCGGGAGUGCAAGGACCACCUGGGCCAUCGGGAAGCGAUGGUGCGAGAGGUCCUCCGGGACCCGUCGGGCCCAGAGGUUUUCAAGGUCUCCCAGGCGCCGCCGGUAAUUCAGGCCUUCCAGGCAAAGAUGGGGAAGCGGGCGUGCAAGGGCCUCCUGGCCCACUGGGAUCGGUUGGCAACAGAGGUGAACGAGGAUUUCCGGGAGAAAGAGGACCAAUGGGGCCGGCAGGACCCAUGGGUCUAAGGGGGGAAAUCGGAGCGCAAGGCGUUGAUGGUCUCACUGGCUUCCUGGUCCAAGAGGACUACCCGGAGAAUCUGGACAGAAAGGAGAAAGAGGAGCGUUUGGACCGCUUGGGCCCGAAGGUCCUUCAGGUAGUAUUUCACAUCAUUUGUAUUGCGAAUUCUAUUACAUUCAAUUAUUUCAGAUCGAGACGUAUUGGGGAGCGUGGUCCGCAGGGAGAAGUUGGUCCUCCUGGUCCCCCUGGAGAACCAGCGGAACGUGGUGAUCCUGGUCCACCUGGUCCUACUGGCGAGCCUGGAGCCCCUGGAAACCCAGGAGAAAGAGGUCUUCAGGGAUUACAGGGAAUUCAGGGUUUCCCGGGCCAACAAGGGUUAAUAGGACUUCCUGGUUUGAAGGGUGAUCGCGGCUACACGGGCUUAAAGGGGGAACAAGGAAACUCAGGACUACCUGGCAGUCCCGGCGAAGUUGGACCGCCAGGACUUACUGGACUUACCGGUGCUAAGGGAAUCAGAGGCGAGCCGGGUGCUCGAGGUGAAUCUGGUCUAAUGGGACCACCUGGUAUCGCGGGGCAAGUUGGUCCAUCGGGUCCACCAGGGAAUACAGGGUCACCUGGUGCUCCAGGAUUGCCUGGUAUAAAAGGCAGCGCGGGUGACAUCGGACGUCCUGGACUUCCAGGUCCUAUUGGUAAUCCUGGUCCACCCGGGAUAGAUGGAAGUAAAGGAGAAAGCGGAUCUCAAGGACCUCAAGGACCAGUUGGUCCUCAAGGACACCAAGGCGCACCCGGCGAGAGAGGUCUGCCAGGUUUACCCGGUUCUCCUGGUUCCAUAGGAAACAGGGGAUUACGUGGAGCAUCGGGUGAAACUGGACAACCAGGAAAGCCAGGAAUGGAAGGACCGCCUGGGCCACCCGGCAUAAUAGGUCCUCCUGGUCCUACCGGUCACGUAGGGGAAGCAGGACCGGAAGGACCGAUUGGAAAACCAGGACCGCCGGGAAUAAGUGGCCGACCUGGAGACAAGGGACCGCCUGGUAUACCUGGUGCAACAGGUCUAUCUGGUCCUCCUGGAUUACCAGGACCACCUGGACAAGCGGGACCCGCGGGACUUCCCGGAGAACGUGGAUCGAAAGGAGAAGCGGGUCCACAAGGUGUGGAAGGUCCACAGGGACCACGAGGAAAACCUGGCCCGGCAGGUCUCGAAGGAGUAAAGGGUGAUCGCGGAGAAGAAGGACAGAAAGGUGCUAAGGGACAUCGUGGAUUCAAUGGGUUGCAAGGGUUGCCCGGAUCUUCUGGAUUGCCGGGAGAGAAGGGUAUGCCUGGCUUGCCAGGACUUCCUGGUAAAGACGGAGAACCUGGGAUCAGAGGUAGUCCUGGGCGAGAUGGUAGCCCAGGACCCAUCGGAUUUCUAGGGAAUCCUGGACCAAGAGGUCCGCCUGGGGAAGAAGGACGUCAUGGAUCACAGGGUCCUCCAGGACCUCCCGGACCACCUGGUCCUCCCGGAGAACUUGGUUUCGGAUACGAUGUCGCAUCUCUAGCAGCACUUAUAGGACAAGGUCAGACCAAAGGACCUGAUCCACUUGGCGAUGAACCGCCGAGGAUAUUUGGCAAGGAUAUCACUGAAGAGGAAAGAAGAGAAUUACUUCAGAAAGCGUACGAAAACUUAAAGUCCUCCUUUCAAAAGUUGGUGAAGCCGGAUGGUCAAAAGAAUUCACCGGCGAAAACCUGUCGAGAUUUAUUUGUCGCGUAUCCAGAUAAAUUAUCCGGCGAAUAUUGGAUUGAUCCGAACGAAGGGGAUAUUCGAGAUGCGAUCUUGGUGCAUUGUGAUGCUGGGAGACGCGCUACCUGUGUUUUGCCAAAUCCUCCUCGUUCACCGGAAAUCACUCACAUCACCGAUCAGCAGGAAACUUGGCUGAGCGAGAUAGACAACGGCAUGAAGAUCACAUACAAGGCGGACAACAAUCAAAUCAGCUUCUUGCAGCUGCUCUCGAGGCACGCGCGACAAAACAUUACGUAUCAUUGUAAAAAUAGCGUGGCAUACUUCGAUUACGAGCGAAAAACGUACAGAAGAGGCUUGAAGCUUCUGGCUUGGAACGACGUCGAGCUGACGCCACGGGGCAACCAACGUCACAGAUACGAGAUGAUAAUGGAUGAGUGCAAGCUCCAUCAAGAUCACUGGGGCAAAACAGUCGUUUUGUACGAGACGGACAAACCCAUAAGGCUUCCUAUUCUAGACAUGGCUUUGCGUGAUAUCGGCCGACCCGAACAGAGCUUUUCCGUGGAGAUCGGCGCAGCUUGUUACGAAUAACAGGAAAUGUACAACGCGCCAUCUUAUUACGAACACCGUCGUUUUUCAUAUCGCAUAUUGCUAAGGGAACGAAGUCUUCCAAUGUGUCUUAAGGAUGCUUAAGAACCCGACGACGGCUGUACGUUAAUACCAUUUCUUAUUUUUUACAAGUUUAUACGGUAGAAAUUAAACGUCACUUAACUUAAUCCGCGAUGGCCUGUACUGCAUAUGUUCGCUGUCCUUUCUGUUCAAGUUCUCUCGAAUAGCGAGAGUAAUUUAGAAAUUACUUGGCAGAAUUGUCUGUAAGCUAGUGUUGCACCUCUUACAUUCUAAGAACAAGUUGGAAAUCGACAAGGGAAAACCGCGAUGUUAUCGGACGAUUCGACAUCCGGAGAAAUCAUUUCCUCCGUUCUG